AUGCUCAGAAGUCUUGUAUUCCUGCACGCUCGUCGCAUCGCUCAUCUCGACAUUAUAACUGUCAACAUCCUCGCUGAUUACUUCAGGCUCGACAACGACGCGGAAGCACUCGAAACUGACGUGCGCGAGCGUCGGAAUCAAGGCGACAUUGAGCAUACAUUCGCCCUAAUCGACUUCGACGCAUCGAUGCAGCUUCCUAUCAAUGAAUCGUGA